UUCAGGAAAAGAUUCGGAGCGACUUUGUGUUCUUUUGUGUCCCAAAACAGAGCUGUGAGUGUGUUUAACGUGUUAUUACGUUAUCCUGUGGACACAAAUCACUGCCUGAGCAGAGGAUUAAACACCCGGCCAAGUAUAGUUUUUCUCUUCUCCCUGGUUUGAAGGUUUUUUGUUUUCUUCUCGAUUCCUCUCACUUCUGCUGUAGUUCUGCAGCUGAUCUGAGUUCAGCUUGUUUCAUUAUGUUGUCUUCUUCUCAAGGAAAACUGGUCCGUGAUGGUGAGGACAAGAAACCAGUGAUUUGCAUAGAAGGGAACAUUGCGAGUGGAAAGACAACGUGUCUGGAGUAUUUCAGCAAAACCAGCAACAUUGAGGUUCUGACUGAGCCAGUUUCCAAAUGGAGAAACGUUCGAGGACACAAUCCACUGGCUCUGAUGUAUGAUGACCCGGCUCGGUGGGGUCUCACGCUGCAGACGUACAUUCAGCUCACAGUCCUGGAUCAUCACCUGUCUAAGAUUACAGCACCAGUCAGGAUGAUGGAGAGAUCUCUGUACAGCGCUAAAUACAUAUUUGUUGAAAAUCUCUAUAAAAGUGGGAAGAUGCCUGAGGUGGACUACGCCGUCCUGAGCGAGUGGUUCGAGUGGAUCAUCAGUAACAUCUCCAUUCCUGUGGAUCUGAUCGUUUACCUCCAGACGUCUCCUCAGAUAUGUUUUGAUCGUCUGAAGCAGAGAUGCAGAAAAGAAGAAAAAGUCAUUCCUCUGGAGUACCUGGAGGCUCUCCAUAGUCUGUAUGAGGACUGGCUGAUAAAUCACACGUCAUAUAAUGUUCCUGCUCCUGUGCUGGUGAUCCCGGCCGAUCAUGAUCUUCAGAAGAUGCUCCAUCAGUACGAGGAGAACAGAGAGAAGAUCUUCACUGUGCCUCGAGCUUCAUGAAGAGAAACACAGACAAUUUGUUCCAGAGGCAGCGUUUGUUUCCUGCCCUGUUUUAACAUGAAUGGUGUGUGUGUGUGUGUGUGUGUGUGUGUGUGUGUGUGUGUGUGGUAGUUUAAGUACCAACAACAAUAACUAAUAAUUUAAUAUAUAAUUAUAAGUGAUAAUAAUUAUUUAUUAUGAAUCUUUUGACUAUCUGUGAAUCAGUUCGAAUCAUGAUUCAUCAGAUCAAUUGAUUCGAUUCCAAGUCAGAUUUUGUAAACAUUUUGUAAAAAAUUUACUUCAAAGUGUAUUUAAAUGUUUCUGUGGGAGGAGUUUCAUCACCGCAGUCAGAAUCUCUGUAACACACACACACACACACACACACACACACACACACACACACACACACACAGGCUCUACUUUCCCUUACUGUUUGUUAUUAUUUCUUUUAGAUUAUUAUUUAUUUUUCUCACUCAUGUAUUAAUUAGUCUCAUUAUUAUUUAUUUGUCUUUUUUUUAUUAAAUUACAGAAACUUAAAACAUGAGACUUUUAUAAACUUUAUUUAGAAACACUUCUUUACACUGAACUUUAAUAAACUGGGGAGAAAAGGA